UGUGUGUGUGUGUGUGUGUGUGUGUGUAUUCAGAUUAGGACAUGAUGCUUACGGCCGGGUAUUGUUCACAUGGCGACUCAGCCCUGCCGGCAGCCAGUGUCCGUGACUUUGAGACAUUUCGUGCUAAUACUUCAACACAAACACGGAGUUUUCUUACCAUUAAGGAGCGACUAGCUUACACGGAAGUCUAUGUUUGUGGCCGGGUUUUCAUUUUUCCCCAUUUUUGGGAGGUUUUGUGUGAAGAGUAGUAGGAAUUGUGAAACGUGGUUGGCCGUAUCCCUCAAUGUGCUCAAUGUCAAGGCGAGUUACUGGUCAGCAAGCAGCACUGAAACUGGGUCCUCAGGGAGCGUUGAGCUGUGGAAAAACCCCGGAGUAGACGGACUGACCUACAUCCUCUGUAAGACACCCACAGAAGCAGGGCACUGGUCUGACAGGCAUCAAAGCCCUGGUGAAGAUUAAGGAAGACACAGACAAGCUCAAAAUCACCUCCAGUGAGAAGCAAGAGAUCACUUCGAAAUACUUGCCAAGAGAGUUGGAAGACUUUUUGCCAAAAAAACAAACUUGUUUCGUUUUUAGUUUCUUAUUUUGUUCAGAACUCCAGUUCAAUGUGUGAGGUUUUUGUGGAGUUCCAUCUCUUUUUAAUCUUCUUAGCUAAUUUGGACACUUGAGCAUUUGGAAUUUGAAAAAAAGUUGCACAGUUUUCAAAAGCAAAAUCAAUGAGGUACUCCCUUCGAGGAGCUCAAACACCUCAUCCAGAGUUUUUUGCAGAUCCUGCUACAUAGGUCAAACUCCUUAGUAACAAAACAAUUGGCCUUCAUAGUUACACAUCCUCUCCCUCCCCCCUUUGCCCUCACUGCUAGAGGUCCACUCUGGCCCCAAGUUGAGAAAAUGGAAAGCCUGCACCUCCCAUCCACCAGCAACAAAAAUGCCCUGGAGGUGGACACUUAUUCUAACUUCAGUGAGAGCCUCCCUUCCCCCCCACCUGAUGGUGGACCACGAGUUGGUCGUCAAACUAAAGGUACCAAGCCCAACAUGACGUCCCGGCGUAAGCGGGAAUUCAUUUCUGACGAGAAGAAAGAUGCUUCUUACUGGGAAAAGCGGAGGAAGAACAAUGAAGCAGCCAAGCGCUCAAGGGAGAAACGUCGCCUCAAUGACAUGGUUUUAGAAAACCGGGUCAUGGCGCUGAAUGAGGAGAAUGUUCGUCUAAAAACAGAGCUUCUUCAGCUAAAGUUGCGCUUUGGCCUCAUCAGCACAGCGUCCUACAUGGAGAAAAGUCAGCAAAUCUCCAAUGGUGCUGCUGCUGUUAACGCAAGCAGCAACGGAAGCAGCACCAACGGCACCCCUAAUUGUAACCCCUACCUCUCGAGCAGCGGCUACUCCAGCACAUCCCAAGUGAUGCUGAACUCUGACUCCUCUGAAACUGAACAGUCAAGCCGUGGUGAGCGCCAUGUUAUGCUCCCCAAGUACUCUCCCCGUGGCUCCCUUUCUGACAUGUCUGAUGGCUCUUCCAGAGACAGCCCAGAGCCCGUCAGCUACGACAUCAAGAGGGAGCCCUCAGGUAUGGAGGUGGGCAGACUGGAAAGCAAUGGGAUGCCCAACGGGAUGCCUUGCGGGGUCUACUAUGGCAGUCACACUGCUCUGGUGGCUGCUCACCAGCAGGCGGACCCAGAGAGUGAAUGUGCCAUGGACUACCAGCACCACCACCAACAGCAGCAGUGCCAUGUGGACACCUCUAGCCCGGCUCUGCAAGCCACGUCUGCACAGAGGAGCGUGAUUUUGUACCGGUCCAGCAGCGGCUCUUACCCCAUGGAGAGCCAAAGGCCAGAGGAGUCCCAGGCCCAGCAGAGUAAGCCAUCCCAUCAGGGCGAGCGCUCCACAACCUCCAAGAUCUCUGAGUGCUCAGUGACCAUCAGUGAGGUAGCUGAGAAGCUGGAGAGGACAAAGACCUUAGACUCACCACAGUACGAGUACACCAAUGGCCAUGCAGAGUCAGCGGAGGAGCUGCAACAAAGGUACAGAAUGAAUGCCCAACAGCGGCGUGAGAACCAUCAGGGACAUUACAGCUACCAGAGCCAGGAAAACAGUCUUGAGCACAUGAACGGCCAUCAGAACCCUUUCGCCCCUGAUCUGCUCCACAACACUGAGGAGGGCAAGUCCUCCUUCCAACAGCACAACGGCUACCUCAACACACUGGACGAAGAGCCCCCAGUGCUCACCUACGAAGGAGCCCCCAGAGCCGAGGGUUUCUACCAGGAGAACUCCUCUGGUAAAGACACCUCCUCUAGUGAUGGGGACCCCCGCAGCUCCGACAAAGAAGGCUCCACAGAUGACGAGUCCCCCUCCUCUUCCUCCUCAGACAUCAGCAGCUACCACCAGAAGGCAAUGGGGGCUGUGCGUCAGAACGGGGAGUGCCAAGCCGAGGUCAAAGCCACUGCGCUGCCCCACAAGCUCCGCCUAAAAUACAGAGCACUGUCCAACGGGGCAGCAGGCGCUCAGGUGGAGGGACCAAUCAGUGCCUCCGCCUCAGCAUCCCCAUCUCCCACCUUGCCCCAGCACCCUUACUUGGCUCUGCCCAGCAACCAGCACGGUGUCCAAGUGAACGGUGACAGCAAAGAGCCAGAGAACGAGGCAGGGUAUGCAGAAGAGGAGGAACGCCGAGUGAACGAGAGGGAGGAGGCAAAGAAGGAGGGAGGGAAAAAGGGAUCCAGCAGUGGGAGGAACGGUCGGAAUAAGAGGCGAGAUUAAGGAGAAGGAGCAGCUCUAAGUUCGGACAUUGCUCAUCAUGCGCAUCACGCUGUGAUGUCUGCAGUGGACAGACUACUACAACUUCCCUCCACCGCGUCCAGCAGGACAGAGAUCUGUCAGCUCACAUCACUACCUUACAAGACAGACAAGGAGCCAAUGAUCUGUGUGAGGUGUAGUUAGGAUGUAAUUUUACCACUGACUUUCACUGUGUCACCUGUUUCCCUUCCCUUCCUCUUUUACUACCUCCCCCCGUCCCUCAAUUCAUCAGCUCUCACCAACAAUAAAAAACAAAUGGAUCUCUGGCAUCAGCAAGGUGUCUAAGAGAAAGAAAAAAAAAAAAACAAGAACAAGGGAGGGAAUAGAAUGGAACUCUGGGAUAUUUCCCCUGUGGAAAAAUUCAAACAUUAUUCAGUUAUUCAUUACUCUAAACUGCCUUGGUGGGUGGCCAGAGCAUAUAAUUCUAGCAUGGCAUUAUGGGAACAUUCCCUUGACCAAAGAAUACACAUCCCUCCUCAGCGUCUCCCCUCUUGGCAAAGAGUUACAUUCUUCCUCCCUCCUAACACAUCUGUACUAUUCUCUGUUUUUUCUUCCCCCCUCUUCCCAUCUGCACAGAAAAAAAAAACUUUCUCUUCUGAAGCACUUGGAUUGUAUAUUACUGUGACAUAUAAAUUUGCAUAUACUGAAUAUAUAUUUUAAGAAGAAAAAAGUGGCAAAAACAACAAAAAAUAAAGCAGUGGGGAUGCGGAAAUGGUUCAGGCGAUGAAAAGUGAUCAGUUUGUUCUUGUUGUACAGUCCCUCAGUGUCUAGGAAAUGCCUCAAAAACAUUCUUGCAACAGUAUGAGCCACAGCUUAGAAAACAGACAGCGGUCAGAUUCACAGAUCCGUUUGAGGUCUCCAGUUGGACCUCUGAUCUUUCAGCUCCCCGGUCCAGACCAGUAAUCUGCAUAUCAGUGAAGGCUAUGCAGUCACACACCGCUUUGUUGGCAAAACCUGACAAGCACAAGGCCGGCCUCGUCUGCCAGCCGUUCAGCAAAAGUGAACAAUCUUUCUACUCCUGACAAACACAAAUUUAGUCUACCGGAUAAAUAACUUGUCUCUCCAGUCGCAACCAGCAAAGCUGCUCUCUUCAUAAGGUGCCUCUUUAUCGUAAUGUCCAUUGUCCCCAUACAGGCCAAUGUCUUAAUGCUCCCGCUCACCUCCACACUGAGUUUUAGCUACAGUAGAUGCAGUAGACCAUACAGUCUGUACAAGUUACUUUGUUAACUGUUUCACUUCCUGGUGCCUGCCUCUGGCCACUGUGUAUAAAUGUAAAGUUGUCUUUCUCAAUCUCUCGUAUACUGUUGUCAUUAUUUUAUUAUUAUGUUAUUAUUAUUGUUAUUGUUAUUAUUAUUUUCUAUUAUAUUCAAUUAUUAUUUUGUCUAUUAUUAUGUGUAUUUUUCUGUCCCCCGCCCCCCUGUUGUGUCAUUUGCCCUAUGCUCUUCCUGGUUGUGCUGUGUAUUUACCCAUGCUGACCUAUGCCCCAGUUACCAUUUGUACUCUGUGAUACUGUAUAACGUUUGUUGUUUGCCGAAAGGCUUUAUGAAAAAUGAAAACAAAACAAACAAAAAAAAGAAACAAGAAAAGAAAGGUAAAUUUGAAUAAGGCUUGUCCAGAAGUGAUUAUGUAUCGUUAUACUUCACGUGGAUAUGCAAAAAUGGUUACAAAAACUUUCAUUUUUGAUUGUGAAAGGUUCAAAAUGAAAAAAGAAA